AUGUUGACUUCUCACAAGUAUUAUCCUAUUUUUCUUUUGCUUGUUUUGCAGCAUGGGUCCUUUGACCGCCUUAACUAUGAUGAAGCUUUGAUGUCUUCAGAACCAGGGUCAUCUAUUGGAGCUGCCAUUGCAGCUUCUCUGACUGUUCCUUCUGGCGCAGUCCGUGAUGUUUCCUUUUCACUGUCAUGGGACUGCCCAGAAAUAAGAUUUCCUAGUGGAAGGACUUACCACAGGCGCUAUACAAGCUUUUAUGGCGUUCAUGGGGAUGCAGCAGCAAGGAUUGCACUUGAUGCUAUUCUUGAGCAUGCCCAUUGGGAGUCCCAGAUUGAAGCAUGGCAAAAACCAACACUGGAAGACAAAAGGCUUCCUGAAUGGUACCCAAUCAGUCUCUUCAAUGAGCUUUAUUAUCUUAAUGCGGGGGGGACGAUCUGGACAGAUGGAUCACCUCCGGUGCAGAGCAUUGCAAACAUUGGUGGGACAAAAUUUUCCCUUGAUAGGCCUGGAUCAGAAUCUGAGAAGACAAUUGGUGUAGCCAAUCAAAUGGACACAUCUGUUCGAAUUCUUGAAAGGAUGAAAACUACGCUUGAGCAAAUAUACACUCCAGUAACGUCAAACUCUGCUUUUGGAACCUGUUUGCUUGAAAAUGGAGAAGAGAACAUUGGUCAGUUCCUAUAUCUUGAAGGGAUUGAAUAUCACAUGUAUAACACCUACGAUGUCCAUUUUUAUUCUUCUUUUGCACUACUCAUGCUAUUUCCCAAGCUCGAGCUGAGUAUCCAAAGAGACUUUGCCAUGGCAGUGAUGAUGCAUGAUCCAAGCAGAAUGAAGAUUAUGAGCGAUGGAACAUGCGUCUCAAGAAAGGCUCUUGGAGCUGUUCCUCAUGAUAUUGGACUCAAUGAUCCAUGGUUUGAAGUAAAUGCGUACAACUUUUAUAAUACAGACAGGUGGAAAGAUUUGAAUUCUAAAUAUGUUCUUCAAGUUUAUAGGGAUAUGGUUGCCACUGGUGAUAAAAAUUUUGGGCGAGCUGUUUGGCCGUCUGUGUAUAUUGCCAUGGCUUAUAUGGAGCAGUUUGAUAAAAAUAGUGAUGGCAUGAUUGAAAAUGAAGGAUACCCUGAUCAGACAUAUGAUGCAUGGACAGUUAAUGGUGUGAGCACAUAUUGCGGUGGGCUCUAUGUGGCUGCUCUUCAAGCAGCUUCGUCCAUGGCACGUGAAGUUGGUGAUAUUGCAUCUGCUGAUUACUUCUGGCUUAAGUUCCAGAAGGCCAAGACUGUAUAUGGCAAUUUAUGGAAUGGUUGCUACUUUAACUAUGACAAUAGCGGCAGUAGGUCGAGUUCUUCCAUUCAAGCUGAUCAGUUGGCUGGGCAAUGGUAUGCCAGAGCAAGUGGACUUGCACCAAUUGCAGAUGAAGACAAAGUAAGAAGUGCACUUGAAACAGUUUACCAUUUCAACGUUUUAAAAGUGAAAGGGGGGAUGCGUGGAGCCGUAAAUGGGAUGCAACCAGAUGGAAAUGUUGACCUUUCAGCUAUGCAGUCCCGAGAAAUUUGGGUAGGAGUCACAUAUUCUGUUGCCGCCGCUAUGAUUCAAGAAGACAUGAUAGAAAUGGCAUUUCAGACAGCAGUUGGUGUCCAUGAAACAAAUUGGUCGGAGAAAGGUCUUGGGUACUCGUUUCAAACUCCAGAGGGCUGGAAUACUGAGGGCGAAUACAGAUCUCUAUGUUACAUGAGGCCAUUGGCCAUCUGGGCCAUGCAGUGGGCAUUGUCAAAGCCAAAGCUCUCACCCCAGGGUAUGAAACUUGAAGUGGACAAAAAUUCUAUAAAUUCUAGGCAGCACCCAGGAUUUGAAAAGGUUGCACACCUUCUAAAGUUGCCGAAAGAGGAGGCUUCUAAAAGCUUUCUACAGUUAUUCCAUGAAUUCUUAUGUAGGAGAUUCUCACUCUGA